UGCGAGUCAGCGCGACAAGAACUCUAAUUCGAAAAGUGAAUAAUCUAAAAAAACUCAAAGCCAUGUCGAAGGUUAAGAAUCUAUUGGCCAAAAUGCUCCAGCGUUUCGGCAAAAGCACCUCAAAUAACGACAGUCAGAGGUACGACAGCCUGGAGGAGAUAGCUCAAAAUCAGGCCAACGAGCGGAUGCUGAGAGAGAUUGGAGGAGUGGAGGAUCAUUUGGUUAUUUGCUUGGAGACGGCGGCGGGCAGCUUCUAUUGGCAUUCGCAGUAGCA